UAUAUUUCUUUGCUCACAGCGAACCCCGUACCUGCUCUCCAGAUUAUCAAAGGAUUUGCAUUCCAGGCCAUCGCCAAUGCUUUGGUCUCUGUCGACUCAUUUUUCUUACUGAGUGGUCUCCUAGUCUCUUACAGUACCCUAAGGGCCAUGAAAGCCAAUGGUGGCAAGAUGAACUGGGUCUACUUCUACAUCCAUCGAUUCUGGCGUCUGACCCCGCCUUACAUGUUGUUGAUGAUGCUUUACGUACCAUUGUUCCGAUACAUGGGACACGGCCCCUUCUGGCCACCACAGGGCAUUGAGAAGGACUUCUGCAAAAAUUCUUGGUAUUACAAUCUUUUCUACAUCAACAAUUUUAUGCCUAAUGCCUCAAAAAAUAUGUGUAUGGGCUGGAGCUGGUACUUGGCCAAUGACAUGCAGUUCUAUUGGAUCAGCCCACUUAUUAUUAUUCCCCUCUACAAAUCUGCUAAACUCGGACAUCUCGUUGCUCUUCUUCUCCUCGUGGCUCAUUUUGCUGUAACUGCUGUCAUAGCAACACUCAAUCAUAGCUCUAUUACAUUAGUUUCACAAGACAAUAAUGAUGACUUUGACCAAAUCUACAUCAAGCCCUACACCAGAAUCGGCCCCUAUUUAAUAGGGAUGCUCUAUGGUUACCACCUGUACACAGAUAAAACAAAGAAGCUAUUAAAUGGAUAUAUUUCGUGUGUACUAUGGUCAAUGGCUACCAUCAGCGCCGUGGCUGUCCUCUAUGGUGUCUACAAUAUCCAGAAUGGGGCCGUUGUCUCCCAGGCUGUGUCUGUCUUCUACAUCACCGUUCACAGGACCGUGUGGGGGCUCUGUCUUGGUUGGGUCAUCUAUGCCUGUUAUACAGGAUAUGGAGGUUUCGUGAACACCAUUCUGUCCUGGAAAGCACUGAUCCCUCUCAGCCGACUCACCUACACAGCCUACCUCAUCCACCCCAUCGUCUUGUUUUUCUAUUUUCUCAGCCAGAUGUACCCGACGUAUGCGACACAAAUCAAUAUUGUAAGUAUUACAAUGGCAACAACAAGAACACUUUCUCUGUGUGCAUAUGUGAGUGAGUGUGUGUGACAGAGAGAGAGGGUG